CUUAGCCAAUUUCAAAUAUCCCCUUUCGACUUGCUUUAUUUUGUAGUAUUUAUAUUUUGUUGAUUCAUGUGUCCUCUAAUUUAUUAGGGAAGACUUGUUUAAUCCUGGGGAAAUAUUUCACACCGCUGAAAUAGUUUCUUAGGACAGUGUCUAGCACGACUCAAGUAUUAUAUAAAUAUAUAUAUACAUAUAUAUUACUUAAGAAUAUUAUUGUAGUAGCAUUUAUCCUAAUUCUUGUAUUAUUAUUUUGAUAUUAUAAUUUCCCCAUCUAUAUAUAUUUUCCAACACAAGAUUCAAAAGUCUUCUUUAUUUACUUAAAUUUUGUGACAAGUUAAACUAGACCACUCCUUUUGAAACGGAGAGAGUAUAUUUUUUCAUCCUUUCAAAAUUAUACUACAUCUUUUACUACUAUAUUAAUAGACGAAAUGUAAAAUAAAUAAAUAGGAAACUAGAAAUAAAAAUAUCUUACUCGAAUAUAUUUUUCAUUUUAAAAAAAAAUCAAAUUUAUUAGUGUACUCGUGGCACAAGUUUGUCGUAGUCAUAAUUACCCCAUGAAAACAUUAAAAAAUCUGAAGGGUAUUGUGAGAAUCUUGAAAAAAGUGCCUUCUUAGUUUUCAUUUGGAAGUUAGUUAAAUAAAUAAUCUAUCUUCUUUAUACAAAACGCCAAAGAAAUGAAAAAAAUAUCACACAACUAUAUAAUAAAGUAUAAUACAGUGAACUGAUAAAUUAAAAAAAGGGAUAAAAAAUUGUUCAUAUCAGAUUCACAUUCUUCUUCAACUCUGCUUCAAAUCUAUUAAUUUUUCCAAUGAAUUGCCUUCAGAAUCUUCCCAGAUCCUCUGGUUUACCACUAAGAAGCUUCACAGGCAAUUCAAGGAAGCCUUUUUCCACUGUUGUUUCACUGGGGAUGACAAAAUUUGCUGAUCAGCGUCUAAGUAUUGUGGCACAGGUUGUAUCUGGUCCUGAAUCUAGUACAGAGAAGGAUGAGGAAAAAUCCGAUACAUACAGUCAUGACAUGACUGCAGCUAUGGGAGCUGUCUUGACUUAUAGGCAUGACUUAGGAAUGAACUACAACUUCAUCCGUCCGGAUUUGAUUGUUGGGUCAUGUCUACAGACUCCUGAGGAUGUGGACAAGCUUCGGAGCAUUGGAGUAAAAACUAUAUUUUGCUUGCAACAAAAUCCAGAUCUUGAAUACUUUGGGGUUGAUAUCAAUGCUAUUCGUGAAUAUGCCAACAAAUGUGGUGAUAUUGAACACUUGCGUGCCGAAAUAAGGGAUUUUGAUGCAUUUGACUUGAGGUUGCGGCUUCCAGCCGUAAUAAGCAUACUGAACAAUGCCAUCAAUAGAAAUGGAGGUGUGACUUACAUACACUGCACAGCUGGAAUUGGCAGAGCUCCCGCAGUUGCGUUGACAUAUAUGUUCUGGGUUCAAAGCUAUAAGCUUAGUGAAGCUUUUGAUUUACUCAUGAGCAAACGCUCCUGCUUUCCGAAACUUGAUGCCAUCAAAAGUGCCACAGCAGACGUUCUUACAGGCCUUAAAAAGAUGCCCGUCACGUUGACAUGGCAUGGUGAUAAUUGUACGACAGUGGAAAUAUCUGGACUUGAUAUUGGCUGGGGCCAGAGAACACCUUUAAAGUUUGAUGAGGAACGAGGUUUGUGGACUCUCCAGAAGGAUUUGCAUGAAGGAAUAUAUGAAUACAAGUACAUUGUUGACGGUGAAUGGAUAUGCAACGAGUUUGAGCCGAUCACUUCUCCCAACAAAGAUGGACAUGUCAACAACUAUGUAGAGGUUCUUGACGAAAAUCCAGACAACAUCACUAGUGUAGCAGUACGAAAGAGGCUCACCGGUGAUGACCCUGAUCUUACCUCAGACGAAAGGCUCAUAAUCGAACAAUUUCUCGAAGCUUAUGCAGACGUAGAAUGAAGGAAUAGUUAUUACUUACUAUGCACUUAAUAAUUGUAAGCAAAGCCAAUAAUCUGCUAUUUAACUCAUGCAGUUGUAAUUAGUAUGCAGUUUUACAAUAACAUGCUUAAUCUUCUUUUUUUG